AUAUGUGACGAUUGCGCUCACAAAAACACCCAAUAUGCAGAUUGCUAAACGCGAACCCGAGCAGCAUGAAGCCAAGCGGUUGAGCCCUAAAACACAGUCCGCGAGCCCCUCUGCUGCCGCUACCCGGAAACAUUACAAGGGCCGGAAAGGACCAACGUUAGGGGAGCACACGUCACUCACUUUUACCCAAAAAAAAUAUAUCACCGCUGACCGACCAAAAAUCCUCCUCGGCCCGCUAAAUAGUAAUCUAAUAAGCUUCCCGCCAGCCCAGAGCGGUCGGUAACCAAAUGGCGAGGAGGCUGCGGCGGUGUUCGUCGGCGUUGAUUUCGAGCGUUCACCCAGCUCAGCAUCAGUGAAAAUGGCUCUGGCUAACGACUGGAAAACAGCACGCAGAAAUGGAAGCGCGCCGUAGCUAGCCAGCCAGCAGGCAGUUAGAAGAAGAAGCAGAAGAAGAAGAAGAAGAAGAAGGCGUGCCAGGCCUCAUCCAUCUACAAACUCUGCUCUGUUACUGGAUGCGUAGGAUUGCUGAUGUGCAUUAAAAUGAGAGGCAGUCAGAAAUGCAUUAGAUAAUCUCCCUCAUCUGCCAGGGGAACUCAAAUCCCCCUCCAAGGACUCAUCUAUUGAAUUAGAGGAAACGCUGUAGGAACUCCUGGGCUGAACAUGGAUGGGGAAUCUUAGGUGAAGGAACACAGUUAUUCUCAAAGGAGACAAGAAAACCAUCAUUUGAACUGGUUCCUCAAUAAAAACCACUUUUAAUUAAUUUCUGAUGCAGUUGGGUGGAACUCGUCUACCUUUUACCUUUGAUCAUCAAUUUAUCACCUCAGCUACCACACUGAGUUUGGAAGUAUAGUGUGGGCAGUGGAUGAUCAAGAGGGAGCACCAGAGAUAAACAAUCUGGAGAGAUGAACUUUAAGCUGUCUCCAAAGUAAGAACAUAGUAGCAUAGUCCCACUCUUAGGGUAAAGUCUGUCUUUCACCAGUGAGUGGUGGGAUUACUGUAGCCGCUCCUAGCGCUGGAGGUUUGGCAUCUGCACCCCCAUGUGCCAGUGAGUGGGAAAUGUUCCAAUUUGGAAAAUACAAUCUGGACAUUAUAGAGAUGUUAAGUGGGCACCAGGCCCACCAGUUCAAAGGCCUUGGUUUAGAUCGACAGCUACAACAUCAGCAGCAAGUGCAACUACACCAGCAUCAACUCCAGCAGCAGCAGCAGCAGCAGGCUGAGUCUUCUGGAGCUCUUCUGUCUGGACUUGGCUUGGGCCCCCUGCAGGGGUCAAGAGGUAACGCCUUUUCUGAUUCUGCCUCCAUUUUUGCCAAGAUGAGUGCCCCUCCUCCCCCACCUUUACAACAACAGCCUUCCUCAUCUCAGACCUCUCGCUCAAAGUCAAGCAAGAUGAGCAGCAGCAGCUCAAGUCAUUCUUCAGGCUACCCGCAGUUCCUGCGCUCUUUCCACCCGUCUGAGGCAGCACUAGCACAGGAGCAGUUACACCCAAGUGUAGGUCGCUUUGAGCACUUUACAGGGGGAAGUAGCAGUAGUGGGAGUGCUGGGGGAUUAGGAGGAUUAGUAACAUCAGCACCUCCACCCCCUCCUUUACAUCCUGGCCUCUCUGUCCCCCAGGCAUCACCUGGCCCCUCCUCCUCCUCUCCCUCCCCAUCAACAUCUGUAGCCACCUCUAACAACCCUUCUAGCAGCAGUGCAGUCAGCUCUUUGGGACACCAGUUGGUUGGAGCCCAGUCUGAUGCACGGAGCCUUCACCAACAAUUUAGUUGCAUGUUAGCUGCUAAUCAAUACUUUCUUUCUGGUGUGCCUGCUAAUGCUAGCUUAGAGCAAUUUCUAGUUCAACAGGGAACUCAUAACCACUUAGGGAUUGGGUUAAGCCAGGCAGCUGGAGAGCCUAGCACUAGCCUCGCUCCACCUCCUGCUUUGCAUUCCUCCCAUUCACACGGCCACACAACUCCCCAAACCCAGCAGCCUCCCCAGCAACCUCCCCAGCAGCAGCAGCUUCCACCUCAUUCCCUUUCUCAUCCUCACUCUCAUUCUCAUCCUCACCACCCUCUCCACCCAGGCUCCCAGGCUUCAUCGCUAGGUGGCUUUGACUUCCAGGGCAUUCCAGUGCUUUCAUCUAAUCAGAUAGCUUCUCUGAUGCAGCAGGAAGCAGGUCUGCCACUUCCCUUACCACUUCACUUAUCUUUAUCGAAGGAAGAUGGUAAAGGGGAAAGCAGCGGAGGUGGAAGUAGCGGUAGUAGUAGCAGUGGCAGUAGAAGGAAAAAAGCCAUGGCUGGCUAUUUGCCUCAAAGAAAAUCCGAUAGCGGCAGUAAUAGCAGUAGCAGCCAUGCUCAGAGUAGCAACAGCGGUAAUCCAAGCACUAGUAGUAAUGGAGGCUUAAGUCAUGGGCAGCCCCCAGCUUUAAUUGGUAGUGGGGUUGGUAUUACAAAUAUGGGUGGAGAUCCAUCAUCCCUUCUUGCCUCUUCAUCAUCAUCCUCAUCUGUAGUUUCUUCUUCCUCCUCUUCUGCUCCCUCUUCCACUGCUGCCUCAGUACUGGUUACUAAUGACUCUCAGCUUUCUAAAUCUGAUAACCAGAGCUCAAUGCAACCCAACGCUUCAGAGUCUGAUUCAGAGCCCAUUUAUAGCUGUGGAGAUUGUGGCAAAAGCUUCCCUCACCUAUCAAGCCUUCGCAGGCAUAUGCGCAUGCAUGAGCCAACCACAGCAGGUACUAGCAAUACUGCCACUACAGGCCCCAACCCCGUUUACAUUAAAACUCAGUCUGACCCAAGCCUUCCCCAUUCGACCCAAGAAACUCCCCAACCCUCGUCAAAUUCUUGUCCUAGCCCAGACAAAAUAUUUCAUUGCCCUGAUUGUGGGAAAGGCUUUAAGAAAAAGGGGCACCUGCUGCAACAUGGAGUUAUACACUCUUCAGCCCGCCCAUAUGGCUGCUCCACCUGCUCUCGAGCUUUUAAUCGUAGAGAGUCACUGACACGUCAUGAGAAGAUUCAUGAGGAAAAGCCAUUCCGAUGUCCUGCCUGUGGUCGUGCCUUCCGAGAGAGCACCUCUCUUCUCAACCAUGCUGCCUCAGGCACCUGCGGCAAGCCAGGUAGGGGACCCAAACACCGGGGCAGCAAGACAGGAACUGAUGGUGAGGACAGAGUCGGGGGAGGGGGUGGAGGAGGUAAUGGAGGAGGGGGAACUUAUCAAAGCAAUAGAGGGGUUAUUUAUGGGAAAACUGAGGAAGAGGAUGGUAUAAUCAUUGUGAGUGAAGGAGAACCUAAAUCGGGUUUAGGAUGUGAUGGUCUGUUUCAAUCUGGAAGGGGAGGGAAUUCAAAUGACAGGGACAGAACAGAUGGUAAAUACCCCACUGACUACUCUCGGAAUCGUUACACAGGCUACCAUGAUGACCACCGUUCUCAAGGUAAUCCAUCUCCGUGCUACUCUGGUGCCUCCCCCUGUGGAAGUGGGAUGGCGGGCCCAGCUCUGAGAAAGGCUCCCUUGGCCCCAACUCUGCAUCCACACUCACAGAGCCACAACCAGCACCACCAUCCGCAACAGCAGCCCCACCUGCCUCUUUCGUCUCUACUGGAUGACUCAGAGGAUGAUGUCACUAGCUCUGUCAAUAAUGCAAUCUCUGCAAUAACAGCAGCUAGCAACAGCGGAAAUAGAGGGGAUGAUAGGGGAGACAUAAUAGGAGGUCUGCUAGGAGGUCUUGGUUUAGGACCUCUAGGCUCACCUUCCUCCACGUCUGGCAUGGAUAAGAAUUUCCGAAGUGGUGGGAGCCAAGAGGCUAUGAGCAGCAACCCACAGAAUCCUACUACCAAACCAAAACGUCCUCGCAAACCAAGAGCUAAAAAAGAUCCUGCAGCUGGUGGACAGCCCCCAAAACGUAGGCAGUACACCCCCCGAAUGGGGCCCAGUGGGCUCCCACGCACUCACCUUUGCAGUGUCUGUGGCAAGGGGUUUGCACGCCGCGAGACUCUGCGCAGGCAUGACCGCAUCCACACUGGUGAAAAACCCCAUCAUUGCACCAUAUGUGGAAAGUAUUUCAGAGAGGCUUUUCACCUCAGCAAGCAUCAAACAGUCCACUCUGGUGCAAAGAAUUACAAAUGCACAAUCUGUGGGAAAGAGUUUGGUUACUCCCAAAGCCUUAGGAGGCACAGCAAACUCCACCAGAAAGGGGAGCUGGAAGAGGUACCCACAACUCCCGCUCCAGAGAGCCUCAACAGCUUUAAUCCAAAUACUCAAUGUAGCGUGGCACAGGACAGGAGCCAGAAUCCAGCACCAAGCACCUCUUCCUAUUACCCCUACUCUCAAGACGUCAAGCCUCAAGACUCCAACCCUCAGCAACAGCCUCCUCCCCCACCCCAGUCGCAGCCUCCACCACAGUCUCGACUCUACACCUGUGCUAUAUGCUGGAAAUCCUACCGUCAUCACUUCCAGCUAACUGCCCAUCACCAGAUGGUUCAUGAAGGUGGGGGUGACAAGUUAUUUUCCUGUGACGUAUGUGGGAAACAGUUUGCCUACUCAAAUAGCCUCACUCGACACAGGCAGUCUCAGCAUGGAAUUACCCGAGCUGAACAGUCUAACUCCCAAGAAGGCAGCAGUGGGUCUGGAGAAAACAGAGGUGGGAGUGAUGUUAAUCAGUCAGCUUCUGAAAGUGAGGCUGCCACCAAUGCCCUGCUUCAGAUGGCUCCAGCCACUGAAGGCCAUGGAGGGCAGAGUCUUAGUGUUGUCACUCAUAGUCAUCAGCAACCACCCCCACAACCACCAGCUGGUUACUCUCCCCUCUUCUAUGAUGUUGCAACAGCCCAAUCCUCCACCUCCAGUGCUCCAUCCUAUUCUCAGCCACUCCCCCCAAACUCCACAAUCAUGCCCCCGCAGCACCCACAUUCCCCUGCUGGGGUAAAAGGAGAGCACAUUUAUCCAGCCGGAUCCCGUAGCCGCACGCUUCACACCACUGCCCCGUUUCAGCCCCUCACUGAACUGCCCUCCACUGAACAUCACCAUCUGCAUCACCAUCAUCACCUCUCCCACCAUCAUCCCCAUCAUCAGUUAGACACCCGGGCGCACCAACCAUUUGAGUGCAACAUCCCUCUGCCCCACGAUGACAUGAGACGACACAAGAAGAAAAAAAAAAGUCCGACAACAGAGAAUGGAGGGAAAAUAACUGGGAAUCCCAGUUUAGUGAGAUUUGAUGGAGUCAAACGGAAGAAAAAGAUAAGCUGUACAAUAAGAGGGCAGCAGAAUAAGAAACAAGGCUCUCUUCGUUUGACGAUUAAGCGAGGGGGAGGAUCUGGUGGUGGUGGGUAUAGGCUUAUCAACACCGGAGGAAUGAAAGUACAGAUCCUGUCAUCUCUCCAAGUUCCAGUGAAACGGUUCGGAUGUCCCAUAUGCCCCAAUUCCGUAUUUUCCCGCAAAGCAGGGCUGCUGAUCCACAUGGCAGUUAAACACCCACGAAAGGCCUUGAGCGCUCAGGAUCGGCUGAGGUGCAGAGUGUGUGGGAAGCAGUCUCACAGGCCUUUGACAGCCUUCAUCCAUCGAGCUUCCCAUCGUGCCAGAGGGACUUUCUCCUGCCGUCACUGCUCCGCUCGCUUCUGGAACGCUACACUUCUUCACAGGCACAAAGCAUCCUGCCGCCGCAGGGCUAAAAGACUGCAAAGAGGAGAUGCUAAGAGGCUGAAGCUUUCGAAGAGACCCGGAGAAAGACAGACACACGACAGUCAUGAGGAAAUGCCAUUCUUACAAGAACCUUACAGAUAUUGAUCCUGGUGUCUGAAAGAAAUGGCAAACAAGAGGAAUUUUUGUUGUUCAGUUCUAAAAUAGGAAAGUGAGAGGUAAAAAAAAGGGACUAGCAAAGGCAUCUACUGCCUUUAGGAGAAUUUGCCUCUUUCUCUGUUGCAUCUACUCUGCUAUUAGAAUGAGUGUGUUAACAACUACUGUAGAACAUUAUAUUAAAUAUCACCAGAGAUUCUUCCAGGUUAUAUUGGAAGAUGUUCAAAGGUGUUUUCAAAGACGUGACUGUUUCCAUAGGAUCAUAAAUUAACCCCUUAAGUGCAUUGACACUAUGCUUGGCUGACACUGUGCAGUUAUCUAGACAAGUUAGGUGAAAUGACCUGCUAAUGUAUCUUCCCCUUCCACAACUAAAGUUUCCUGCUACACCUCUUGCUGUAUGAUAAAGUCUCUGCUGUGUAUUUUGUCUUGUUGUUGUUCACUUAGAGGCUCUGAGGAGUUUGUUUUUUUAUGUAAAGUGCAUUUAUUAGGAAUAGGGACAUGGGGACAAAAAACUUUUUUUUUGUUAAUAGUAUGUCAGUGCAUGUUUGUUCUAUGGUCAAGUUUUUUGCUGAGGUUGUUGAAUCACUCCUGCAGUAUAUGAUGGUUUAUUCAGUAUAUCCCCAAAGGUUUGUAGUGUAAAGUUGAUUUGAGAGUUGCCCCUAUAUUCCUUAGUGAUUUAAUCACAUAUAGAUGAAAUGUAAGUUUCUGGUAAUUAGCAUUACAGUAAUCCCUUUCCUGCCAAAAUGAAGAAGCCUUGCUUACGGUGUUCACUUUACUUUGUUUAUUUGAGGAUAUUCCUAGCUUUUAUACCACGGAAUUAAAAAAAGGUAAAACAAAUCGACUAUAACAUGUUAAUUUCAUGUUAUUUGUAUGCUCUUUUUAGCAGUGAUUAUUUUUACAGUACUUCUUCAAAGUGUGUUCAAAAACAAGGACCUAUCAUGAUAAACAAAUGUAAUAUUCCAUGUAUUUGUGUGUAACCUAAUCAGUCUUCAUGCCGGUCUUCUACUUACCCCCUUAUACGUUUGAGUUGUUUCCUGAUCUGCAAUCAUGUUUUCACUGUUAAACCAUUUUUUUUUUGUUCAACUCAAUCUGAUGAAGUACAUUUUUAAGAACAUCAUGUCACUUUAUUCAUAUAUGAAAUGUUCAAACCCCUGUCAAGUUUUUGUUUUCUUAAAGAAAAAAAUUCUAGUUUUAGUAGAUUUCUAUCACAUUAUUUACUGAGAAGUCAGUAGUUGAUUAUAUUUCAGCAAUGAAUAAACCUUAAGUGUAA